GAGGAAUCUGAGCUGAAACAACCAUGGAGGAAAAAAAUGCAGUCAUUACGGCUACAGCAAAAGAAACUCAAGUCAAUUACAAAGGAAUCAAAACCAUGCCCUUCAUAAUAGGGAAUGAGGCCUUCGAGAAACUUGGAGCAUGGGGUACGACAUCAAACCUCAUUGUUUAUUUCACUACAGUUUUCAAUAUGAAGCGAGUCAAUGCUGCUAUACUUAUCGAUGCCUACAAAGGAACUAGCUUUGUCACGCCGUUAGUCGGAGGUUUCCUUGCUGACGCUUACUUUGGACGUUACAUGACCCUUGGAUUUGCGUCACUAGCUUCUUUCUUGGGGAUGAUUCUCUUAAUGUUGACAGCAGCAAUUUCUAAACUGCAUCCUCCAAAUUGUGGAACGCAGAAGAACGAGUUAUGUGUGCAAGCUACUACACCACAAUGGACUUUUAUGGCUUGCGCAUUAGGAUUCUUAGUGAUUGGUGCUGGUGGGAUUAGGCCAUGUAACAUGGCAUUUGGAGCUGAUCAGUUCAAUCCAAAAACUGAUACUGGCAAGAGGUCAAUUAUCAGCUUCAUCAAUUGGUAUUUCUUUGUCCUGUCCUCUUGUACCUUGAUUUCGCUGACCGUCAUCAUUUACGUGCAAUCUAAUGUGAGCUGGACUGUGGGAUUAGCUCUUCCCCCUUGUCUAAUGUUGAUAGCUUGCAUUCUCUAUUUUAUGGGCUCAACAAUCUAUGUGAAAGUAAAACCAGAAGGGAGUCCUUUUACAAGGUUCAUUCAGGUUAUAGUGGCUGCCACAAGAAAACGAUGUUUGGCACAACUCGAUAACCCAGAAAUCGCUCUCUUCAACUAUAUUGACCCAAAUUCUAUCAACUCCAAGCUUCAGCGCACUGAUCAGUUUAGAAUCUUUGAUAAGGCAGCAAUUAUAAGUGAUGUGGAUCAGAUUAAAGCCGAUGGAACCUCUGCGAACCCGUGGAGACUUUGCAGCAUGCAACAAGUGGAAGAGUUGAAAUGUCUUAUAAGAGUUCUUCCUAUAUGGGUUUCAAGUGCCAUUUUCCAUAUCACAGUAACUCAACAGCAUUCAUAUGCAGUAUACCAAGCUCUCCAAUCAGAUAGGCACCUCGGCACAAAAAAUUUCCAGGUGCCAGCAGCAUCUUACAUUGUCUUCUCCUGGCUCACCAUUGUCAUUUGGAUCCCUAUUUAUGAUCGCCUCAUUGUCCCGCCACUUAGAAAACUAACAGGUCAAGAAGGUGGUAUAACACUCCUUCAAAAAAUGGGUAUUGGAACUUUCAUAUCUAUAAUCACAAUGUUCGUCUCUGCAUUAGUAGAACAACGUCGAAGGAAUUUCGCUCUUACUUAUCCAACGCUGGGUAUUGCCAAAGGCGGAGGUGCCGUAUCAUCAAUGUCUGCACACUGGCUAAUCCUUCAGCUCUCAAUUAAUGGUCUAUCCGAAGCAUUUAAUCAUAUCGGCCAGCUUGAAUUUUACUAUAACCAGUUCCCCGAGAACAUGAGAAGUGUCGCAGUGUCCUUUUUCUUUCUUGGCUUCGCAGUGGGGAGUUACAUUAGCAGUUUCAUGGUUUCCAUAGUUCAUCGAACAACUGAAGGAAACAUAACUGGGAAUUGGUUGCCAGAAGAUCUAAACAAAGGGAGAUUAGACUACUUUUAUUACAUGAUUACUGUGAUGAAUAUAGUGAAUUUUGGUUAUUUCUUGGUAUGUGCUAGAUGGUAUAGGUACAAGGGUAGUGGAACUGCAACCAAAGAGGCAGCUAGCAAGAACAUAAAAGACGCUGAAAAACCUCCACCAAAGGGUAUAGAUUUGUAAGGUGUAACGAGAGUGUAAGAGAGAUGUAUGUGAGGUGUAAUAAAACAGUGUUCUCCUUUUCAACUUCCAUAACCCUCCCUGAUCUAAUAAUUCAUUGUGCUUAAAUGAAAUCCAUGAUAUCGUAUCGAUGAAUAGAUUAAUUCCCAAUUCAA